AUGUUCUCCGCUGUUCUUUACCUUUUUACUCUGGCCAGCGUCAGCGCCGCCGCCGCCAUCGACCCCAGCAGCGGCCAAGGCGCUGAUGGCACCUUGGCCAAAAGGUCGAGUGGGCGAAAAUCGGAAUGUGAGCGUACGCUCGAUGCUUGGUACGACUUGACGGACACCGAUAGCGACUCGGAUUGCUGGUCGAGCUCGGAUGAUGAGGCAGACAAGUCCGGUCAAGGAAGGGGCCAGAAAAGAGUCAAGGAUGAAGGCGAUGCCGGAAAAAACAAGAAGAAACAAAAGACGUCGCGGUAA